AUGAGCUGUGAGGGUCAAGCACAGCUAUCCAUCAGAUGAUCUACUUUCAGCCUUCCUGAGUCCCAGGCAAUAGAAGACAGGUGGCUCUACCCUUGGCCAAGGGUGGGUGUGGCAGUGGUGUCUGCUGUCACUGUGCCUUCAUUGGCCCCCAGCAAUCAGACUCAACAGACGGAGCAACUGCCAUCCGAGGCUCCCGAACCAGGGCCAUUCACCAGGAGCAUGGGGCUCCCUGAUGUCCAGCUCUGGCUGGUGCUGCUGUGGACACUGGUGCGGGCACAGGGGACAGGGUCUGUGUGUCCCUCCUGUGGGGGCUCCAAACUGGCACCCCAAGCAGAACGAGCUCUGGUGCUGGAGCUAGCCAAGCAGCAAAUCCUGGAGGGGUUGCACCUGACCAGUCGUCCCAGAAUAACUCAUCCUCCACCCCAGGCAGCGCUGACCAGAGCCCUCCGGAGACUACAGCCGGGGAGUGUGGCUCCAGGGAAUGGGGAGGAGGUCAUCAGCUUUGCUACUGUCACAGACUCCACUUCAGCCUAUAGCUCCCUGCUCACCUUUCACCUGUCCACUCCUCGGUCCCAUCACCUGUACCAUGCCCGCCUGUGGCUGCACGUGCUCCCCACCCUUCCUGGCACUCUUUGCUUGAGGAUCUUCCGAUGGGGACCAAGGAGGAGGCACCAAGGGUCCCGCACCCUUCUGACUGAGCACCACAUCACCAACCUGGGCUGGCAUGCCUUAACUCUGCCCUCUAGUGGCUUGAGGGGUGAGAAGUCUGGUGUCCUGAAACUGCAACUAGACUGCAGACCCCUAGAAGGCAACAACAGCACAGUUACUGGACAACCAAGGCAGCUCCUGGACACAGCAGGACACCAGCAGCCCUUCCUAGAGCUUAAGAUCCGAGCCAAUGAACCUGGAGCAGGUCGGGCCAGGAGGAGGACCCCCACCUGUGAGCCUGCGACCCCCUUAUGUUGCAGGCGAGACCAUUACGUAGACUUCCAGGAACUGGGAUGGCGGGACUGGAUACUGCAGCCCGAGGGGUACCAGCUGAAUUACUGCAGUGGGCAGUGCCCUCUCCACCUGGCUGGCAGCCCGGGCAUUGCUGCCUCUUUCCAUUCUGCCGUCUUCAGCCUCCUCAAAGCCAACAAUCCUUGGCCUGCUAGUACCUCCUGCUGUGUCCCUACUGCCCGAAGGCCCCUUUCUCUCCUCUACCUGGAUCAUAAUGGCAAUGUGGUCAAGACGGAUGUGCCAGAUAUGGUGGUGGAGGCCUGUGGCUGCAGCUAGCAAGAGGACCUGGGGCUUUGGAGUGAAGAGACCAAGAUGAAGUUUCCCAGGCACAGGGCGUCUGCGGCUGGAGGCAUCAGAUUCCUGAUCCACACCCCAACCCAACAACCACCUUGCAGUAUGACUCACUUGACCCCUAUGGGACCCAAAUGGGCACUUUCUUGUCUGAGACUCUGGCUUGUUCCAGGUUGGCUGAUGUGUUGGCAGAUGGGUAAAGCAUUUCUUCUAAAGGGGUCUACCCAGAAAGCAUGAUUUUCCUGCCCUAAGUCCUGUAAGAUGUCAGGGACUAGGGAGGGAGGGAAGGCAGAGAAAAAUUUGCCUCUCCCAAGAUGAGAAAGUCCUCAAGUGAGGGGAGGAGGAAGCAGAUAGAUGGUCCAGCAGGCUUGAAGCAGGGUAAGCAGGCUGGCCCAGGGUAAGGCCUGUUGAAGUGCCUUAAGGGAGGGUCAAGAGGGAGAUGGGCAAGGCGCUGAGGGAGGAUGCUUAGAGGACCCCCAGAAACAGGAGUCAGAAAAGAGAGGUACUAAGCCUAAGAAGUUCCCUGGUUUUUCCCAGGGGACAGGACCCACUGGGAGACAAGCAUUUAUACUUUCUUUUUUCUU